CGACGACGAUCGCUGACGAGAGUGUUCGAUGACGACGAUGACGAUAACGAAGGGAGGUAUGCAUGCUGCUGCUGCUGCUACUACCUAAUGAAUUAUCGUGCACAGCAGUUGUCCGCCGCGGAAUCGGAGAUUUCGACAAUUCGCGGCUAACAAGUUCUCUCUGCUUGGGCAGGGGGGUUGUCCAGCUGCAACCCGGCGAGCCAGCCAGGAUAACGAACCUGGAGCCAGACGUCGGGAGAGGACAGACGAGGCGCGCCACAUUAUCCGAAUCUGGCGCCCGAAGAGAAUACGACGCCGCGAUGGACAGGAUCCCUGUCGGCUGGACCGCCGCGGACGGCAGCUCUCGAAUAGAACCGCGUUUCCUCGCUUGUCCUGGACGGAUACGUACAAGAGCGAAACGAGACCCAACACUACGAAGGAGCGCGCAAGGCAAGGUACGUAGGUAUGCCUGUGUGUGUGUGUGUGUGUGUGUGUGUGUGUGUGUGUGUGCAUCUGUGUCUGCGCAUAUACUGCACCUACAUACAUAUACCUACCUACAGACAACAUAACACACGGGCAUGUAGGACGGGUAUGCAUGUGUGUAUUGAUUCAGGCAGAGGCAGACGUGGAGAAAAAAUGGUCUCCAAGCGUAGAUAUGUCGGGAAAAGAAGAACAAGAAGAAGAGAGGAGGAUGCGGACUUCGGCUACCGCAUCAAUCCGUUGCGUACACCCAUAAAAAGGGGGCAUGCGCGCAUAGUGGGCGAUCGAUG